ACGGGAUAGGCCGCCUCCGCCCAUACCGCAGCCGCCACUGAACACCGCUAAUAUGCUGCCUUCCCGCAAGAUCGCACCCACCAACACUACUCCCACCGAGGGCAGGGGGCCCGCCUUUGAUGACGAGGAGCUUCAUGCUCGAGCCCCUCCCGUCCCCCGCUCCCAGGCACACACUCCCGGCCAGCUAUCGACCCGGACCCAAAUCCAAGACCGUCAGCGCAGACCCUCAGAGGUAUCCAAGGCCUCAGAACUGUCUAUUCGCCAGCGCUCGCUUUCAACGGCUGUAAAUGUAGUGGCGAACGCAGCUUCGUCCUUGACUGUCUCCCAGCCCAUCUAUCCACACGCCGCCCCUCCCCACAAAGCAGCUACGCCGACGCCCUCUUCGACGGGCUACAGGCAGCCGAGCACUACCCAACCCGACAAUCGAGAUAGCACACAUUCUUCCACGAUAACCAUAGGCACUGCGGCUACAAGAGAACGCAAGGACUCGUCUGCCGGCAGCGGUAGGGAGGCCUCAUCCAGGCGUCCGGCCGGCAUGCGGUCCACAUCCGCCAUCGCGAGUGGCCGUCCUGGUACCUCCUCGGCUGUUGCUCGUGCAAGCGGCACGCGCGGCGCUCGACCCGGUGCCCAAAUGAUACACCACGCUCCGUUCCCGCCACUGGUAGAUCCCCGAACCGCCACCGACGUGCCCCCGGCGCCAUCAUCCGGCAUGUACUGGAGCAAGGCGCCUAUCUCAGGGGCAUCACAUACGGCGCUGCGUGCGCAUACCACAACGCUCAUUGGGUCCAACGUCUACGUCUUCGGCGGGUGCGACUCACGGACGUGCUUUAACUCGCUGUAUGUGCUGGACGCCGACGCCUUCUACUGGUCAGCUCCCCAGGUGGUGGGCGACAUCCCAGUGCCGCUGCGCGCCAUGACGUGCACCGCCGUGGGCAAGAAGCUGAUUGUCUUUGGCGGUGGCGACGGACCGAGUUACUACAACGACGUCUACGUGCUGGACACGGUCAACUUCCGGUGGUCUAAGCCCCUCAUUCUCGGGAAGGACUUCCCCUCAAAACGGCGGGCACACACAGCCUGUCUCUACAAGAACGGCAUCUACGUAUUCGGCGGAGGCGACGGUGUCCGCGCGCUCAACGACAUAUGGCGGCUUGACGUGAGCGACAUCAACAAAAUGUCAUGGAAACUAAUAUCAGAGGGGUCACCGGGGCCAGACGAUCACGGCGGCGAUAUCCGCCCUAAGGCACGCGGCUAUCACACCGCCAACAUGGUGGGCUCCAAGCUGAUCAUCUACGGUGGCUCCGACGGCGGUGAAUGCUUCAAUGACGUAUGGGUCUACGACGUCGACACGCAUGUGUGGAAGGCCGUCCAGAUCCCCAUUACGUAUCGUCGGCUGUCGCACACGGCGACCAUUGUCGGCUCGUAUCUCUUCGUUAUUGGCGGCCACGACGGAAACGAGUACUCCAACGAGGUCCUCCUCCUAAAUCUUGUGACCAUGUCGUGGGACAAGAGGCGGGUCUACGGCCUACCACCCAGCGGCAGGGGAUAUCACGGCGCGGUACUCUAUGAUAGUCGCCUGCUGGUCAUUGGCGGGUUUGAUGGUGCCGAGGUCUUUGGUGACGUCUGGCUUCUCGAGCUGGCUGUCCAUGCUUAUUAUUCGCAGAUCAGCCAUUUCACGAUUGAGGUUUAG